AUUAAUGAAGGAGCUAUGAAAUUAAAUUUUAUUAAAGAAAUUCUUAAAUAUAAUGAGCUAAAGAUUUUUCUUAAAAAUGCUAGAAAUUAUUAUAGAAGAAUGGGGCAUAGAACAUUGUUUCAAGCAAAAUCAGCAAUGGAAGAACGGUCUGCCAAAAUCAAUUCGGCCAAAGGUUUAAUAGCUGCACCAUUUACUCCAUUCAGAUCAGACGGUAAUGUUAACUUAGAGUUGAUUCCUCAUUAUGUAGAAUUUCUUACAAAAAAUAAUGUACGAGGUGUUUUUGUCAAUGGCACAACAGGUGAGGGCGUGUCGUUAACAGUAUCUGAACGCAAGCAAAUUGCAGAAAAAUGGGUGGCAGUUGGUAAAGAUGUAUUUGAUGUUAUCAUUAUUCAGAUUGGUACAAGUAAUAUUAGAGAUUCUCAAGAAUUGGCAAGGCAUGCAGAAAAGAUUGGUGCUACAGCAAUAGCAUCUUUACCACCAUUGUAUUAUAAACCACAAACUGAAGAUGAAUUAAUUCAGUAUCUGAAAGAAAUAGCAUCAUCAGCUCCACUAUUACCAUUUUUAUAUUAUCAUAUACCUUCAUUUAAUGGAGUAGAAGUGAGUAUAAGCAAGCUACUUCAUGAUGGAAAGCAACAGAUUCCAACAUUCUGUGGGGCAAAAUACACAAGCGGUGACUGUAAAGAAUUAAUGAAAACUUUGCAGCUUGGAAAAUUUAAAAUUUUAUCAGGAUUUGAUGAUAUUCUUUUAACUGGUUUGCCAAUGGGUGUGACUGCAGCUGUUGGAGCAACAUAUAAUUUUAUGCCUUUACCUUCAAACAGAAUUUUAGAGUCAUUUGCUGCUGGUGAUGAAACGAUAGCAUGGGAAGAACAAAUGUACGUUCGUCAGGUACUUGAUAUCAUUUCUAAAUAUGGUUCAAUGAUGGCUGCUCUAAAGACAGUUAUGAAUCUAUUUGGCCCAUUUAAUGUUGGUGAACCACGUCUUCCAUUACUUAGUCUAACUACCCAACAAAUUAAUAAGUUGAAAGCUGAAUUAGAACAAGUUGGUGUAGAAAGAUGGUAUAAAUAAUUCUUUUUAUCAUUUAAAAGUACUGUUAAUAAAUGAAAUUUGAUAAUGUAAAAAAGAUUAUAACACAACAAUUUGUUAAUAGUCAUCAAUGGAAGGUUGCAAUAAAUUGUUAAUUUUUGUUUUUUA